GUAGCUAGUUGCCACCUUUUGUUACAGCCCAGUUUGUAGGGAUUGUAGCCACAUGCUGAUCUGCUCCCAGUGCAGAUCAUGACAUACUCUGUGACAGGGUUUCCAGGCUGCAUGGCUGUACUGAGAUGCAGGCAAACGAGUGAAGAGUGAAUUCACACUUUAGAGAGCAGCGAAGACCAUCUUGCCAUGAAACCAUUCACAGAUGAAGAUGUAGAAAUCUACAUCCAGAGCAAGGUGGAACCACGACAUUAUCUGGUUUCCAAAACAGUGGAGGAGGUGCAGAAAAUCAUCCAGCAACUGACCACAGAAAUCAGCUACAAGGCCACACGAUUCCAGGCUAUCUCCAACUCUGGCAUUCACAAUGAGAAUAUUAAGGAUCAGCCGGCUUUACUGGCCAAGUGGUCAGCUAUGCUUCGGGGGAAGCGCCCAUUCCACCCAUCCAUCCAGGUCUUAGCACCCAGCCAAUUCCUCAUCACAGUCCCUCUGCGCGGCCUGACCGGGUACAGGGAGUGCCAAGUGCGGCACUGGCGUUAUUACACCGUGCACGGAGCCAAGCUCCUCUCCUCUGUGCGGGACCCCGAGGAGCUGCAUCAAUGGCUAGAGGUGGAGCAGUUCUCAAAAAGCCUUCAGCAGUGGCAUGAGACGGACGUGAACAUCGAAGGCGAUCUGGUUCCAGCCAAAGUCCUCGUUGUCUUCCGGGAGCUGGUGGAGAAGUCGAUUAUCUCCUGUAACCUCUCCAGCAAGGUGACGGUGCUGGAGAGCUUCAGCUCAGUGGUCCGGGUAGCUGUGGAGACGUCAGAAUCCCAGGUGGAGGUGGAGCUGGUCCCUACCGUGGAGAUCCCGACUUGCUGGCCCGAGAAAGCCCGGUGGCCUCGCUGCCUUAAGCGUUGGCCUUCCCAGGAAAAAGUGCAGUGCAUCAAGUCACUUGGUUUUGACCUUUUGGCCCGCUCCAAUUAUCACUGGCAGCUUUGCUUCUCCCGUGCUGAGCAUAUGCUCAUGGAAGGCCUCGAUGAAGAUGGUGGUUGUCGCAUGAAGUGCUUCAGGGUCAUGAGGCAGAUGAAGGAAGAUGUCUGGUGUGCUGGAAAUAAGCCUAUCAUCACUGCUUAUCACCUUCAGACAGUGCUAUUCUGGACGUGUGAAAAAUACCCACGCACCAAGGAUUGGCGCUGCUUCCGCGAAGCCUUCCUGAGGCUGGUGCAGAAGCUGCACAAGUGCGUAAGCCAGCACUUCCUCAAGCAUUACUUCGUCAAGAACACCAAUCUGCUCAAAUACGCCAACACCAGUGACCUGGACGUGGUGGCCAGCAAGCUCGCAGUCUUCUUAGAGAACCCCGUCUUCUGCCUGGACUGAGGCAGGGGGAGGCCUCCUCGCCCCAGCUUUGAGCUGUUCCCCCACCUCUUCUCCCCGCUGGUGGUUGCUCUUCGUGUGUCCUUCCAGUAGAUGUUGCAGCUGGCUUUCUAAGACAGUUGGCACAUGCAGCGUGAAAGAGACGUGUCAAGCUGGCAGCGGUGGGCGGUGAAAACUGAUGGAGGCAUCGCUUGAUGCCCAGCCGAUCUAGCUCACUUUCAGCAGUGACAGCCUUCCUGGAAGCCACAGCCCGUGAAACCCAGCUCCGUGUCAGUCAGAGCAGGCAACAGCCUUGUUCUCUGCUUCCAGUCUUGUGGCACGCAAGCAGAAAGGCGUUGCGAAGACGUCUCGCCCUGCAGCCUCCCUGCUGUGUAACCUAGCACAUGGAUGGUGGCUGCCUCCCUCGUUCUCACAAGGACACUGUGCUUAAUUCCCUGCCAGCCUCACAGGCCAGCUCUGCAGAAGAGCAUGAGGAGCAUGAUUUCUGAGGUGUACUGAAGUUGGAAGCUUCCUCCGAGCCAAUCUGUGAUACCUCCAUCAACAGUUAAAUGGGAUCCUGCUCCACCACAAAGAUAACCAUGCUAGUAGCCUUGAAUAGCUCAAGGGAAGCAAGAAGAGGAGUGUUGGUUUUUACUGCCUCCUCAUUUUUUUUUCCUCCUCCACCUCCAUUUUUCCUCUCAAACUUCAAAUAUAUUUUCUUCAUGUUUGCCAGUUCUGUUAGUGCCAUAAAACCAGGGGGCUCUGCCAGAGCAGAUUUCACUCACACCCCCAGCUCCAUCCAACAGGCUGGAGGAGUGGUAGGCUUUUCCCUAGUUUUUAGCACUCAUAUCGUUUUGGGUGGUGUACAGAAGAAUAUUUUUCAAAGGCUCUUAGCUCCAAAACCCUCCAUGCUUUUAAUAUUAUAUUUGUUUAAAAAGAAAAUCAGUUUUAUUAUUUCAAAAGAACAGAGUUCUAGAAUAAAUAAUAUUGGUUUUAAUGUUAUUAAAUCACUGAAAUUAAACCAAAGUGGACUUUUUUCUUACACCUGUGCAGGAAAAUAAGUAUUUCCUUUGCCAAGGGAGGUGAGGUAGCAGGGGUGGGAUUUGCAGCCCAUACCCCAGGGAGCUGCUGUGGUGGAAGGACUGCAAGAGGACCAUCUGUGGCAGAGCAUCUCCCCCUUGUGUCAAGCUGUGGUCUAACCAUGCAUCUUCAGCGUAGUCUCUGCUUUCUGGCUUUGCUUUUUAACACAGGAGUAACUCUUGCAGGAGUUACUUUAUCUCAUAUCCCAGUCCAACAUUCUGAAAGUCCAGCCCCUGGGUCCCCGGGGUCUCACCCAGGCUUCUGAAGACUUCCCAUCUCACCAGUCCGUUCCACUUGCAUUUGGGAGCUGUGUUGUGUGGGAGUGCUGGUCCCAGGCUCACAGCUGGUUAUAGGUUCAGGGAGGAUUCAGGAGAGGAUGCAGAAGUCCUUACCCACCCCACCUUUAGUAGCACUUUCCAGAAGAACCGGAGCCACAGCUCCAAACUUUCUGCCUGAGUCUAUUACUUUCUAUUAAAGAAAGAUGCCCCAAA